AUAUAAGGGCAGAGGCGCUGGGGAGCGGAGCCAUCGUCCGGGAGAGACCCGCUCCCAGUGCCUGGAGGGAAGGCGGCGCGAGCUCCCGCCGAGAUGAAGCUGCUGCUGCUGUGUGUGGGGCUGAGCCUCGUCUGCGCCCACGCGGAAGGAGACGUUGUGAGAAGCAACAUCGAUAUUUCAAAGAUUUCAGGGGAGUGGUAUUCCAUUCUCGUGGCCUCCGAUGCCAGGGAAAAGAUAGAAGACGGUGGUAGCAUGAGGGUUUUUAUCGAACACAUCGAAGCCUUGGAAAACUCUUCUCUGCUCUUUGUAUUUCAUGUACAAGAGAAUGGAAAGUGUAUUCAACUAACUCUGGUUGCUGACCAAACAGAAGAGGAUGGUGUGUAUAGUGUUGGGUAUGACGGACACAAUGUAUUUAGGAUAGUUGAAACGGACUAUGGUACUUAUAUCAUAUUUUAUCUUACGAAUUUCAGCAAGAAUAAAACAUUCCGACUGAUAGAGCUCUAUGGCCGAGAACCAGAUGUGAGUCCAAAACUAAAGGAACACUUUGUGAAAUAUUGUCAAGAACAUGGGAUUGCUAAGGAAAACAUGAUUGACCUGACCAAAGUUGACCGCUGUCUCCAAGCCCGAGGGAGCGAAGGGGCCCAGGCCUCCAGUGCUGAGUGAAUGCUUCCUCACCUGGGCUCCGAGAUCUCCCCUUCCGUGGUCCCCACACCAUCUAGUGACCAGAGCAGUGACCCGAUUUCCAUCAUUAUCACAUAUGAAAGCAUUCUCUCUGCAUCUUCAUGAUCUUCCUUAAUUGUCUAGGAAAAGUCAUCAACCAACCAAGAAUUAAAGAUUUUCUUCAAAUUUUGCAACUGCCUUUGCGAUACCCAGGAUAACUGUGUCAUGAAUAAGAACUUCCUCUGCCUGGUCAAUAAAUGAUUAGCCUUGCA